CUGUCACUCUCACUGCACGUGUUCAGUUUCAAACAAGAUGAGUCAAGGAUUUGGUGUUUCUUCUACUGGAAUAGAUGGAACUUCAUUCAGAAAAGAGAAACUCAUUAAUUUGAAAGUAUUGUGUGCCAAGAAUCUUGCAAAGAAAGACUUCUUCAGACUCCCGGACCCUUUUGCUAAGAUUGUUGUGGACGGCUCUGGGCAGUGCCACUCAACCGACACUGUGAAAAACACGUUGGACCCAAAGUGGAAUCAGCACUAUGAUCUAUAUGUUGGGAAAACUGAUUCUAUAACCAUCAGCGUGUGGAACCACAAGAAAAUUCAUAAGAAGCAGGGAGCUGGCUUCCUGGGCUGCGUGCGGCUGCUCUCCAACGCCAUCAGCCGGCUAAAAGACACUGGCUACCAGCGUUUGGAUCUAUGCAAACUAAAUCCCUCAGAUACUGAUGCAGUUCGUGGCCAAAUAGUAGUCAGUUUACAAACACGAGACAGAAUAGGCCCUGGAGGGUCAGUGGUGGACUGCAGAGGACUGUUAGAAAAUGAAGGAUCUGUAUAUGAAGACUUGGGGCCUGGGAGGCCGCUUAGCUGCUUCAUGGAGGAGCCCGCCCCUUACACGGAUGGCACCGGUGCUGCUGCAGGUGGGGGCAACUGCAGGUUUGUGGAAUCCCCGAGUCAAGAUCAGAGACUCCAGGCACAGCGACUUCGGAACUCUGAGGUCCGAGGUUCACUGCAGAUGCCCCAGAACCGGCCGCAUGGCCACCAGUCACCGGAGCUGCCUGAAGGCUAUGAACAGAGAACAACAGUACAGGGGCAAGUUUACUUUUUGCACACACAGACCGGAGUGAGCACUUGGCAUGACCCCCGGAUACCCAGAGACCUUAACAGUGUGAACUGCGAUGAACUUGGACCACUGCCACCAGGUUGGGAAGUCCGAAGUACAGUUUCUGGGAGAAUAUAUUUUGUAGACCAUAAUAACCGAACAACUCAGUUUACAGACCCAAGGUUACAUCAUAUCAUGAAUCACCAGUGCCAACUCAAGGAGCCCAGUCAGCCGCUGCCUCUGCCCAGCGAAGGCUCUGUGGAAGAUGAAGAGCUUCCUGCCCAGAGAUAUGAAAGAGAUUUGGUCCAGAAACUGAAAGUCCUUAGACAUGAACUGUCACUUCAGCAACCCCAGGCUGGGCACUGCCGCAUCGAGGUUUCCAGAGAAGAAAUAUUUGAGGAGUCUUACCGUCAGAUCAUGAAGAUGCGACCAAAAGACCUGAAGAAGCGGCUGAUGGUGAAAUUCCGAGGAGAGGAGGGUCUGGACUACGGCGGCGUGGCGCGGGAGUGGCUUUAUUUGUUAUGCCAUGAAAUGCUGAACCCAUAUUAUGGACUCUUCCAGUACUCCACGGACAACAUUUACAUGUUGCAAAUCAACCCAGAUUCUUCAAUUAACCCUGACCAUCUGUCUUACUUCCACUUUGUGGGUCGGAUCAUGGGUCUGGCUGUGUUCCAUGGACACUAUAUAAAUGGGGGCUUCACGGUUCCCUUCUACAAGCAGCUUCUUGGGAAGCCCAUCCAACUGUCUGACCUUGAGUCAGUGGACCCUGAACUGCAUAAGAGCCUGGUGUGGAUUCUAGAGAAUGACAUCACACCUGUGCUGGAUCACACAUUCUGUGUUGAGCACAACGCUUUUGGAAGGAUUCUUCAGCAUGAGCUAAAACCCAAUGGCAGAAACGUACCCGUCACUGAGGAGAAUAAGAAGGAAUAUGUUCGGUUGUAUGUAAACUGGAGGUUUAUGAGAGGAAUUGAAGCCCAGUUCCUAGCACUUCAGAAGGGGUUUAAUGAACUCAUCCCUCAGCAUUUACUGAAGCCCUUUGACCAGAAGGAGUUAGAGUUGAUAAUAGGUGGCCUGGACAAGAUCGAUCUGAAUGACUGGAAAUCCAACACACGUCUGAAGCACUGUGUGGCAGACAGCAACAUCGUCAGGUGGUUCUGGCAGGCGGUAGAAACUUUCGAUGAAGAGAGGAGAGCCAGGCUUCUGCAGUUUGUGACCGGCUCCACACGAGUCCCUCUCCAAGGAUUCAAGGCUCUACAAGGUUCUACAGGCGCGGCAGGGCCCCGGCUCUUCACCAUCCACCUGAUAGAUGCAAACACAGACAACCUGCCCAAGGCCCACACCUGGGAACUUUCCAGACAUUUGGGGCUCAGAUCAAAUCCCAAAGGAACAGACAAGUCAGCAAGGACUUGGCUGAUGGCCAGUCUAGAUUCCAGGGGUCAGCAAAGGGGUGUUCCUGCUUUAACCGGAUCGACAUCCCACCUUAUGAAUCCUAUGAGAAGCUCUACGAGAAGCUGCUGACCGCAGUGGAGGAAACUUGUGGCUUUGCCGUGGAGUGAAGAGCAGCUCAAGACAGCAGAAUCUCACUCAUGACCACCAGACCAAAAGCAUAUAGCUUCUGUGUGCCUCCUGCAAAGCUGGCCGAGGCCCGGAACUCCAGAAAACCCGAGGGAAAAGGCUUUUCUCCCUCCUUCCUUGGCAGAAGGAGGGGGCAGGGGACUUUAGUAGGUGGCUCCCACCCAUCUAUCCCUCUUUAUAAUAGUUCUCCCACCUCCUCCAUCACCCAUCCAAUAAAACACAGCCAGUUUCCGCCCUUGGCCUCAGUCACACGUGGUGGAAAGGCUCACGGCCCUGUGCUCUUUAUAGGAGCUUGUACCACAGUUAGGGGUGAGCUGGGCCCGCCGAGGGUUUGCACGAUCAUUAUACCAGCUGUCCCCUCUCAGUGCGCCUUUUCAAGUUCAGCAGCUGCUGGAUUUUACUAGAGCUGAGAUUCCAAAUCUUAUAUCCUAGCAGCCUGUUCUGGGUGGCGGAUUAAUGUCUAACUGAAAAAUGACUACAUAGUGUAUGCUUAUUGGAAUUGUGCCACAGCAGGAAGCCUGAGUCCAAAUGUGUUUCCCCUUUGCGAGGUAAAGGAAUUGGAUCAGCUUUUUUUGGAGGCCUAGGGUAUUUCUUUUCAGGAUAUCCUGGCUGAAAAAAAACUCAUUUUGCACAGAGAAAAACUAUCUUUCCUUUGCUGCAUCCUCCGUCCAAUUUGAAGUUCUUUGUGGUGAUAAAUAAUACCACAUAACAGAGCUAAGCAAAGAACAGACCAAAACCAGCCGCAGAUCUAACCAGUCGGUCCAGUGCUGAUUCCUGUGCCCUCUUGUACAGGGAGGAGCACCGACUGUGUCUCUAGACAUGUUAACAAACUUCGUUGUGGCGAUUGCUAAGAGCUAAACUAACCAAUUUUGUUACUAGCCGAAUGAGUGUGGGACAGUGGCCCUGCUGACCAGUUCCACCUGAGUUAAUGCUGUACACGAACAGGGUAUGAAUGUAAACCAGUGACACAGGGUGGGGACGACUCCACGUGGACCCAGUUGGCCCCUUUGCCUGGUAGCAGUGGUGACAUUAACAGUUCAGUUCACUUACCCAGGUGUCUUCAUAGGCUGGGCAAGGCCAAAGCCAGCCAACUCUGCAUUUCUAACACCAUUUCCAGUUCGCACAAAAGUUUUCACAGUGUUUUGUUCCGACAGAGUGGCUUGGUUUGGGACAUUUAAGCUUCCGUGGAAGAUAGUAGCACCAGCAAACUUUUUGGUAUGGUGUUGCUGCUGCUUUAGUUUGGGGUGGGGGUGAGUACAGGGUAAUUCAUUAGAAGACAAGACAUUUCACUGCUGUUGAAGUUUGAGUUCAGUGUUGGGCUCCUGGUGUGGUCUGAGCGGGAUCAGGAAGGGCCUUGUGAUGACUUUCAUCUGUUCUUUUUGUUACUUUUACUCAGACCGAUGGGCGUGGAGGAUUACUUAGCCCUCUGCAUCUGGCUGCAGUUCUCGUGCUUGCCGUGGAAGCAGUCUGUUGGGUGGUGUGGGGUGCGCUGACCUUAGACUCCGGACCAGGUUUGUCCAGCUCAGCAGCCGCUAGUCCCAGGAUCUGUAGAAUCCAAGUGGCACUCUGGACUGCUGUGCUGGGACAGAAGGGAUCAUGUGGGACUCGCUACAGGAGGAGAAUUGAAUCCACUCAAACGUCCAGGCCAACAUGCGGCCUUAGUCUCUAUCAAUUUCUUGCCUUGCCCCAGUAGGGCUUUUCUGUGUCUCGUUCACCUUGAUGCUUUGGAGGGCAUUCUAGAAACCCACUCCCCCAGGAUUCCAUCCAGUCUUCCCUUGCAGUCUCCCCUAAAGUUUGAGGAACUGAGAAGUACAGGCCCCCAGGGAGACUUGCUGUGACCAGACUCCAGCCAUGGGAGGCGGAUGAGACAGCUGCAGAGGAAACAGCCUAAUUCUUCAGGUCAGAAGUGCUGCCAGAUUUCCUGGUGGCGCCCUCCCAGACUUGUAGAGGUGAGGAGGGAAGCCAGGGUCUUGCAGUUCAAGACUUUGAAGUAGGAGUGGUGCCUAGGACACCUUGAAUGCCACCCGUUGUGCUGGGAGGAAAGCGGGGAUGGGCCUUCACGGCUGGCUGUACACACUGGCCUACACCUCACGUUGGGUGUUCGUUCCUUUGGCUAAGAUAAAAGUGGUGGCUUGGGCCCACCGUGGGCUGUGUGGCAGACCUACCCAGAGUUCUGUCCUGUCUGCUCUUUCCACUCGGCCUCUGUUGGGCUGCUAUACUUCUAGAACUUGAACCGCUGACCAUGGUCUGGGGCUCCUGGACUCCCCAGGGGACGCUGCAUGGCAAGUCCACGGGAAAAGCUCCUGGUUGUCCCAUGUGCGAUCUUGUUGGUCCCCCCAUCCCUGCCCUUGGCCUCUCCUCACCCAAAUCCUUCAAGGGCCCAACUUUCCAGGCCCGCCUUCCCAGCGGCCAACAGCCGACACUCAGGGAUGUAGCAAACCACCACUCUGCAGCGUUAGGGUAGGAAAAGGAGGUGGCCACGUGGACGGCUCGGGGUGACAGCAGAGAGCACUCGCGAUCUCUGAAAGGAGAAUCUGCCACUAGAUUGGAUUUUUGACCCCUAAGCUGGCUCAGCCACGUGGUCCAAAUGCAGGUUCGGUGGGCCUCAGCUCGGAGAUGUCAGGAAUGGUCUUCUGCAGAGAACACACCCUGCCCCACCUGCAGCCAGGUGUGUGCCGCACAGCAGCCUUCCUGAAACAUAGUAUGGAUUUUUAAAGUUUGUUUAUUUUUGUUUCUCAACCACUUUAUAAUGUAUUUUUAAUUUAUUUUGUAAUGUCUUGUUUUUAAGUAUUGCUGCUAUCCUUGUUAUUCUUCCCACUGUUUUUAUUGCUGAUUUAUUUUGUGAAAGUUGUACACUAAUGUUCCAUUUUAUGUCAAAAUCAAAAGUAUUUAAAUACUAGUUCUAUUUAAUGUGGUUAUGGAACCAGCUGGAAACACAAAACCGAUUGUACAGCAGGCUGGACCGGGGAGGUCAGGUUCAUUUUGUUACAUAUGCAAUAAACUCACGACUUUACAUUUUA